GUGUCACCCCAGGCUCUGUGCAGCCCUUCGGACAGAAGCAGACGUGUCCCACAUUAGCACGUUAGCUACCGUCGGGCAGAUGGAGGCGGACAGCACCGGGGCAAACAUGGGAGGAAAGGCAGACGUGGAAAUGGCAGAGAACCCGUUUGAACCUUACAUCGAGUCUCUUCGCCAGCAACUGGAGGACCAAGACCCCGUCUUUCUGAUCGGAUUAGUCGUCGCCCUGGCGGUGGUUGUCAUCACCUGCGUUUUUCUGAAGUACUUCCUCAGCAGUAAGACUGUGCGCAGCGCCGUGCUGCUGGUCGGACUGUGUGACUCCGGGAAGACGCUUCUCUUCAGCCGGCUGCUGUCUGGGAAGUUCAAGCGGACGCAGACCUCCAUCACUGACAACAGUGCCCCGUACAAAGCCAAAAAUGACCGGGCCAGCACCUGGACUCUCAUAGACCUGCCGGGACACGACAGCCUUCGCCCUCAGUACCUGGAGAAGUUCAAAUCUGCAGCCAGAGCAAUCGUGUUUGUAGUGGACAGCGCCAUUUUCCAGAAAGAAGUGAGGGACGUGGCAGAGUUCCUGUACAACUUGUUGACGGACGCCGCGAUCUCCAGAAAUGCUCCAGCUAUCCUGGUGGUGUGCAACAAGCAAGAUAUCACCAUGGCAAAAUCAGCUAAACUGAUUCAGCAGCAGCUGGAAAAGGAACUGAACACCUUGCGGGUGACUCGCUCCGCAGUCCUGAGCUCCCAGGACGGCUCUGUGGGUGGCAGUCUGUAUCUGGGGAAAAAAGGCAAGGACUUUGACUUUGGCCAGUUGUCCUUGAAGGUGGAGUUCCUGGAGUGCAGCGCCCGGGGUAGCAAGGGUGAGGAAGGGGAGGCAGACAUCGUGAGUCUGGAGAAAAGCCUGGCUAAACUGUAAAAUGAGUAAUUCAACAUCCUCAAAAGCACAGACCUCGGAUCAGGUCACCUCAAUGUCCACUGUCACCUCAAUAAUCAGAGGAGGGACGACAAAUCCACCUCAGUGGAGGUCUGACAGGAGUAACCAGUCAAACGUGGUCCAAUCUGUGCUGACUUGUCUAUGUAAAACAUUAAGUGACAUCAAAGUUAGAAGAAUGUUUUGGACAUAUUCAGAGAAUAAACACCAAAAAGACUGUGAAAGCUUUUAGCAGUUUGUCAGGUUGCUCUGCAGUGCUUCUAGAGUAUAAAGCUUGCUGUAAACAACUACAUUAAAAAGCUUUAUUUGAAUUAUCUUACAGAACUUGAGAAUAUGCAUUUGUUGUUUGCAAUUGAACGAUAAAGUAUCAUAGGUUAUUUCACGUUUCUUUAAAUGUGUCUCAGAUAGUGCGACCUGAACGCUGCCCUGUGAAAACGGUGUAAAUUGCAUUUAUUCAUCAACAGUCAGAGUUGUGCCUUUUUCUUUCUGGUGUUCUUAAAGAAAAGUUUUGCUUGUUUGCAGAAGAAUGAUGGUUUACUUGUUUGGAAGUAUUAUGUGAAUAUAGUGCAUUUGCAAUGAAUGUAUGAAUCUAUUGUAGUCAGAAAUGAAAUAAAUGUUUGUAGUUGU